CUUUUUUUACAACAGACUUCGUUUCUCACUAUGGCUCUCGCUCCUCAAUUCAUCGGUCACCGCAUAGGCUCAGCUGCCGCAAAACAUAGCCUCGAGGUCUAUCUCGACUAUACCUGCCCAUUCUCGGCAAAGAUUUACAAGAAGUUGCGCAAGGAAGUUAUACCUUAUCUCAAUAAUGAGCACCCCAAUGAAGUGCAACUCAUCUUCCGACAACAGGUUCAACCGUGGCACCCUUCGUCCACGCUUGUCCAUGAAGCUGCUCUUGCUGUUGAGCGCGUCGAUAACACAAAAUUUUGGGAUUUCUCGGAUGUCUUGUUCGAACGCCAAACAGAGUACUACGAUGAAGCGGUUUAUACAAAGUCGCGUAACGAGAUUUAUGGAAAGCUGGCUGAUUUGGCCACCACCGUCAAUGUUCCCGGUGACAAAGUCCUGUCUUACUUGACAAUUCGAUCGGGCGAGGCAAAGAACUCCGGAAACCAAGUGACCAACGAUCUCAAGUUGCAAAUCAAGAUCGGUCGCCAGAAUGGAAUUCAUGUUAGCCCAACCGUGUUAUUUGAUGGUCUGAAAGACGAUUCUGUUUCGUCCAGUUGGGACCUUGACCAAUGGAAGGAAUACUUCAAGUCCAAGUUGUAAAUAGUUGAAUGCGCCAUUGGCGGUCACUACUGCUUAUAAAGUUGGGACUGAUCUUACUAUGAAAUGGUGUUUAUAUGCUAUGUU